AUGCCUUCGCUUCGAAUGGGCCUGCCCCAUCUGCCAGUUCUGGCGCGCUCGCUUUCCUCCACCGAAGAUACGUUCACAAGCUGGGACAAGUGUAUGAGCAAAGCAUACUGCAAGUGGCCUGUUAUCGUCGCGAUCAUCGUUGUCGCUGUUAUUCUCAUUGCGGUCGUCGGUUGUAUCGUCAAUUGUAUUUGCUGUGGAUAUCGGAUCUGUGCUUGCUGCUGCGGUUGCUGCUGUCCCUCUGGACGCCGAAAGAACAAGUCACCUAGAAACAAACACUUUGAUGACCCUCCUUUCUACAAUCAUCACAGCGAACCCCCACCUCAAUCAUACAACCAGCCCUCAUAUAACCAGACCCCAUACAAUCAACAGCCAUCAAUCCCAGCGCCACCUUCAUACCGAGGAGCUGUACAGACAGCCACAUUUGACACAAGCAAAUCGGCUGCCAAAUCUACCGCCUCUAAUGUCAACGAGGAUGCGCUCCCUGAAAUGCCAACAUGGGCCUCUGCCACCGAUAAGCAUGUUGAGGAUACGAAUGUCCAUGAGGACGUAGAGAUGGAGCCAUUGAACCCCCAGGGUCAUGCGCCGGACCGCAAGUAUGGCGCAGGUACGCCAAUGCACAGUAACACGUAUGCGGACUACUCUUCGGAUCGAAUUGCAGGCGCAGUAGCCGCAGGAGCUGCAGGAGCCGCUGCAGGAUACCGAGGAUUUAACCCGACAGACCCAUAUGCCCGCCGUUCGCCUGCUCCUGCUGCUACACUCGCUGCCACACAGGAUCCCUAUGGUCGUCGGUCACCAGCCAUGCCUUCGCCUGCCGCUGCCGCUGCCAUUGAUCCGUACGCCCGACGCUCCCCAGCCCCAGCAGCUGCCAUGGAUCCGUACGGUCGUCGAUCUCCUGGCCCCGCAGCUGCAUUUGCAGCUGCUCAGGACCCCUAUGGUCGUCGUUCACCAGGCCCUAACAAUGCUUUCGCGCCUGCCCAAGACCCUUACGCCCCUCACUCCCCUGUGCUCGCCUCACCCAUGGGUGCCGUAGGUGCUGCUACCGCAGUCAGCUCGUAUGAUCACCAGCCAUAUGACCAGCAUCAAGCGUAUGAUCAACAUCAGACAUACGAUCAGCACCAACCUUACGACCACGCUCAACCCUACGAGGACUACAGUCCCGGUGCUGCCAAUCCUAUGAUCAACACCACAGGAACAGGCUACACACCGCAUACUCUAACUUCGCCUUCCCCUGUCGCGGCUUACCAGCCGCAAACAGGCUACAACGCUUUCUCUCCAACUGCAGAGACAGCCCACCACGAUGUUGGCUUUACCCGUCAACCAUCUUUCGGCUCUAGCCAGUACCCACCCACAUACACCUCUCAGCCGCCUUACCGCAUUGCCUCGCCCUCUCUCCCUGCAUCACCACCACCUCCUUUCCAGGCUCCAUCACCCCACGACAUGAUGGGCCACGAGUAUGGUCAUGCGGCACCCAUCGGGAUGGCAAUGUCAGAACCUGUUGGGCAUGCAGUUAGCUCGAAUGAACCAUCGCGAGACCGUCCGCCCACUCUAUUAAUGAGUGGAAGACAACCCGCAACGAACUUCUAG